GUAGAAUGGAAUUUGAACUAGUGAGAACGAUUCAAAACAAGAAGGAUAGUUGCGCUGGGUGGUUCAGAUUUUUCUCGUUGCGAGUCUUGUGCUUUAGAAAUUUAGCUGGUAAAUAAGGAUGAAAGAAUCGGAACUGGAAUCAGAAAAUUUUUUGAAAUCGCCUGCCUUUCAUCCCAAUGGCGAGGACAAUCACGGCACUCGCUGGACAGCUGGUGUUCGGUCCAUCUUCCGCCACUCCCACGCCGGUCGCAGUCCAGGCGACCUAGCCAACGAACUGCGAACGCCCUCACCUUCCCUCUACCUUGAGCUGCGGAAGUGCCUGAAGGAUCCCGAGUGGGCACGCUCGUUCGUCAGGGAAAACGGGAUUGACACUCUGCUCGAGACCCUCAAGUCUCUGCGGGGAAGGAACCUGGAGGAGGUGCAACUGAAGGUGGAGUGUGGUCAGUGCCUCAGACUCGUUAUGGACACCCGGGUGGGAUUGGAUUACAUUAUGGAAAAUGCGGAUUACACGCAAAAGCUGGUCACAGCAUUGGACACAGAUGACAUUCCGGUGAAAAAGCAGGUUUUCGAGCUUCUGUCUGCUCUCUGUGUCUACAGGCCCGAUGGCUACAUCAAAGCCUUGGAGACUUUAGAGCAUUACAAGAAUCUGAAGAAACACCGUUACCGGCUUCAAAUGGUAGUGGAUGAGUUGAAGUCUUCCGAUGUCGCCGAGUACACCACUGCUCUGAUAGCCUUCGUCAACUGCCUCAUCAUAUCGCCUGCUGCACUGAGUGAGCGUGUGCGCAUCAGGAAUGAAUUCCUCGGUCUGAAAAUACUGGGAGUGUUAAAUCGGUUCAGGCAGCAAUGCCAAGAUGGCUCACAUUCCGACCUGGCUGUCCAGCUGGAUGUAUUCGACGAGCAGCGGGCGACGGACGAGGGUCAAUUCUCCGGACCAGACGGGGUCGACCUCAGCUCCCACAUGGACGUCUUCUUCGCCAUUCUGCGACAGGUUGCUGAAACUCCCCAGGAAAUUCCCUUCCUCAGCAUCCUUCAGCAUUUGCUGAGAACUGAUCUCAGUCAGCCUCUAUCGGAACUGAUCUGGGAGACCGUCGAGACUCUGGUCCAUCGCGCCACUCUGUUAGAAAGCAAGCAAGAAGCCGAUCGCCUUCUGAGGGCGUCGAAUUUAGGGGGGCUACGCUGCCACUGCUCCUGCCACUAUCGGCAAAAUUCGCUUGUGUUGGAGGACUGCGAAAUCAUGCCGGGAAAGAAGAAUAAACCAAACCAACUCUCUUUCUGUUCUUCUGAUGGGAUGCGCACUCCGACCACCCUUUUAUCUCCGAGUCAUCCCCCUACUCCCUGUGAUCUAAUUUCUAGUCCACUGCCAUCUUCGCAUGCUUCGAAAUCUCCAUGGAAAGUUGCGCUUCAAAGACAGAAUUUGGCCCUUUCACCGAGUGAAAGCCAAGUAACGUCAUCGAAAAUGGAAACUACGAACAGUAAAUGCCUGAAACCGGACUCUGUUAGUGAAAACAUACCUCACAAUGUGCCUCAAAUUGUAAAAACCAAUAUACAAUGUGAUAAUAUUGUUGAUUUUAGUAAAAGCGCCACUGUAGUUUCUGAAGAGUGUUCAAAUAAUAUCAGGGAUUUGUCAGAAAUAUCUAAUGUGCCUCCUCCACCUCCACCUCCUCCACCAAUCGGAUAUGGAUGUCCACCCCCGCCACCUCCACCCCCUCUUGCACCUCUACGCUUACAGCCUCAAAUCAAAAAUGUUAUCACAGAUAUGACAUUACCUCAAACAGAUACCCCCAAACCUAAGGCAAAAAUGAAGUCUCUCAACUGGAGUAAGAUACCCUUGUCGAAGGUGAUUGGGAAGGACAAUUUAUGGUCCAGAAUUGCCAAAGACCACGCUGGAAGCCCGAAUGAUCUCGAUUUCGAUACUAUGGAGAAACUCUUCUGUCAACAGCCAAUGUCCACCAAUGGUCAUAUUUCUCCUCGCUUUGGAGAUUCGAAUGAUGGCUCUGACAAAAAGAGAAAAGAAAUUCAAGAGAUCAACCUAUUGGAUGGCAAAAGAAGUCUAAACAUAAAUAUAUUUAUAAAACAAUUCCGCAGCUCCAACGAGAACAUUGUUCGCAUUCUGAAGGAAGGAGCCCACGAAGAUCUUGGGGCGGAGCGGCUGAGAGGAUUGCUCAAAAUUCUUCCGGAGGCAGAUGAGGUCGAUAUUCUAAAGAAUUUUGAUGGCGACAAAACGAAAUUAGGAAGUGCAGAAAAGUUCUUACUGCAAUUGAUAGAGGUUCCAAGUUAUAAACUGCGCGUGGAGAGCAUGUUGUUGAAAGAAGAAUUUCUCGCUAAUCAAGAGUUUCUAGAAAACAGCAUCGAAACGAUUCGGUGCGCUGCGCAAGAGCUAGAAGAAUGCAGGAAACUUCAUGAAAUUCUUUACAGGGUUUUGGUUGCAGGAAAUUUUCUUAAUGCGGGAGGAUAUGCGGGAAAUGCUGCUGGAUUCAAAAUGCUGUCUCUUCUGAAACUGACGGACAUCCGGGCAAACAAACCGAGCGUCACUCUCAUUCACUACGUAGCGGAGGAAGUCUUGAAAAAGCGACCCGAUCUCCUGGAGUUUCCUGAUGAAAUUCGGAACCUUGAAGAAGCGUCAAAAAUUUCGAUGGAAACUCUAAAAACAGACGUAUCAUCUUUGUGUCAACGAGUGUGCAAAGUUUCUACGCAAGUAGCCACAGCUAACGAUGAAAUAAAGGCGCAGAUGCAAGAUUUCAUUGAGUUCGCCCAAAGCAAAAUGGAAGGCAUUCAGAAUGAAAUCAAUGAACUCGAGAAUGUCCGACAACACCUCGCCGAUUUCCUGUGCGAAGAAUCAAGUGCGUUCAAACUCGAGGAUUGCUUUAGAGUUUUCCACAGCUUCUGCACUAGAUUCAAGGCAGCUGUUCAGGAGAACGAGAGGCGACAAAAACAAGAGCAGCUUGCUGAAGCCAGAAGGAAGCAACGUGAACAGCAGAUGGCGUUCAAAAGGAGAAGUCUCGAACUUCCAGAUGCCAGAUCCGGUGCCGAUUUUAUCAUGGACGAACUCUUGGGUGAUAUUCGCAGUGGAUUUCCUGAAAGGCGACUCGGCAGGCGGGAUCCGGAUGACAGGCUUAAGCGGCACAGCGACCCAGCCAUGCUCGGGAAAUGUGGCGACUUGGAUGACAGAUUGGACACUUUCAAGAACAGGAGAGCGAGAUUUCUCGACGAAACGAAUGGCAAAGAUAUCGUGGGUUUUCUGCAGAAUUCAAGCGCUGUGGAUGGAGACCGUCGCUCUUUCGGUAGUAUGGAAGAUAGUCUCGAACGCGUCUCUUUCCGACGUUCCGGAAGAAGGAAGCGGGUGGUAAUGGAGAUAAAUGGCGACACUCAAUCUAGAGAACGCUCAGGUUCUUCUCCACCACCUCAGGCAAUUCUCCCUAGCGCAGAAAGUCAAGAGCCAGAAGUCGAUUCGAAGCAGAGGCUUCGCUCGAAAAUAAAUGAUUGGAUGCUACAAAAUGAAAUAGAACAAAAACGCGAAAGAGACCUGCAGCUGAAAUUGCUCCAGGAGAGAAAAAAACGACUGUCUAAUGGACAGUUAAUGAAUAGUGAUGCCUCAAAUGUGGAAAAGAACAUCCUCGAAGAGAUUGAAGAAACUGAUAUGAAACAAAGGACAUUUAAAGAAAUUUGUAGUAGUGAUCUUCUAAGAAAUAAUUCUUCAUUAGAUAAUAAUGACAAUUUCAAAAUAACAAAAAAUGCUUUGUCUCGACGGAGUGAAAGCUUCACACAGAAAAUAAUUGGACUCAUAGAUGCCACCUCAAAUAAAUCAAAACCAUUUGCUAAAACAAGACUCUACAGUAGUGCCAGAGAUAGCGGAGCCAUUAGAGAAGAACUGGAAAACAAAUCCAAAGAUGAGUCGCAGAUAUCUUCGUUAGGAUAUCAGAAUACUACUCAAGAUGCAUCUAAGAAACCAGGGGACAAUUUUGACCGCUUUGCGCCAACGCGAAAAACUCAGAGAAGAUUAAAACUUCGCGAAAUGCGAAUAGAAGCGGAAAAUAUCAAUACAGUGAGACAAGAAGAAAAGAAAUCUGAUCCAAGAGUCCUCUCACCUUGCUCUCUAGAUUCAUCCAUCGAAACUGAUAGUUCUUUUGUCCGAGAUGAAAUUAAAAAAGAAGUCGAUGGUGGUUUUUCAAGAAAUUGUUUUGAAAAGCCACCUGAUAGCAAUAGUGCAAUGAUACUUGUAAGAAAAGAAGCUUGUGCAAAUGUUUCAGAAACUGAUAGAGAAUCAAUCGUAUUUGACAGCGAUCAUACUCAAGAAGUCCUUAAAACCAAAAACGAAACAGAGACGGACAAAGAAGGAACUGCUUUCAGUAGACAAAAAAAUACCUCUCUAAGAUCUCGUCAAUCACGAUUAGCGAGAAGAAUAAAUUCUUUGUCUACCUCGCUUACAUCUCCAGAUUCCGCAGAAAGCAGUGCUGUCAUCUCGAAAUGUGCUAAAGAUAAAGAAAACCCUGCAAAGUCUGAGCCAAAAUUUCCAACUAAUGAUGGUGAGACGUGUGAACAAGAAAAUGAUCCCAAACAACGGGAAAGUUGCGAAAAAAAAUCGAGUGACUCCAUUCCCAUAAAUGAUGAAAUUUCACUGAAACCAAAUCAUGUGGAGAAAAAAGACCUUAAAGGGAACGGACAUAUUUCGCAUAAAGUGACCGUGAGUACAGAAACAAAAAGCAAAAUAAUUAUAUCCAAAUCUAGUGCGAGCAGCCAAAACUCGCAAAUAGCAUCCUCUUCAAAAUCGCGGGUUCCUUUUCAGAAAGCUGCUACCAAUAUUCCUGGUAUUAUGAAAACAACGCGAAACGUGAGGAUUCAUCAAACGGUGCAGGGCGCAGACGCUCCAGUGAAUGAUCGGACAGUCAUGCAGAAGGCAGAGAAUCGCGUUCCGCUGACUUCUAAACGUCCAGUUCCUGUAAAAGUAAAAGUACUGUCCAGCAUAAAACAGCCAAGGGUCAAUAAUUUAACAAACAGUGAAACGCUAAGCUCAAAAAAUGCAAGUCCUACGUCAAGUGUUUCAUCUCUGUGCAACGUCAGUUCGAAUGUCAAGUUAAUAAAGAACGGAAAAACUGUGAAUGCUGAGAAAACUAAUGCAAAUAAGAUAACUAUUCGACACAAUGGUAGUGUGAAGUUUAUGAAAAGUAAUAGUUCUUUUAAUAAACCUGGAAGUAAUUUAAACUCAACACCAAAAAUGGAAAAGAGCGUUACAUCUAGAAAAAGAGCUUUCAUUUAAUAAGCAUUGGAUGAGUACUGGUGGAUUUUAAAGACGCCUUUACAGAUCUGAAGGCAAAAUUUGUACAGUUGCAUUUCGAAUCAUUUUCUUAUGAAAGUGUAAAAAGGAUAGGAGCAAACGUUGUCAAAUGUAUGGAAAAAGGGCUUUAAAAUAAUAAGAGAUCUGUGCUCAGCAUUAUCAUGAGAAUUCCUGGAUUACUAUAUCUGUUAAUAAAUGGUGCAGUGAAAUCUUCCAGAAGCAGCUUAAAUGAAAAGAUAAUGUAUCCAAAAAGUCUUUAGAAUUUCAAGAUUUUAUUUAGAAAAUAAAUAAAUAGGAAGUUUGUGAAAAUUAUAAAAUGACGAGUAAACAGUGAAAUUUUUUGCUUCAAUUUAUACAUUUCUUUAUGAGCACCGUCAAUUUUUAAUUUUAUUUAAAAAACAUAUUUUCAGUUGAGUAGGGUCAUCAUGAUAAAUGAAAUAAAAUCUUUAGGCGUUAUUUUAAAAUUUAUUGAUCUUUUGCUUUAUGUCGAAAAUGUACUGUCCGAUUCAACACACCCCGAUUGAAAGAUGUUAAUUGCAUGCUAUAUAUUAAACAUUUUUUUAGGACUAGCCACUUUUUCAAAUCUUUAUUUAAUCAAAAAAGUACCUGAAAUACAAUUGUUACUUAAAUUU